AUGCCCCUGGGCAGCGUGUCAGUGGUGUGUGGCAGCUCGCGGCUUCAGAUCACGGUGCUGGUGGAUCUCUUUGGCAACGGUGUGACUGUCUCUACCAGGGAGCUGACGCUGGGGGCUGGCUGUGCUGUGACAACUGUUGGGCCAGAUAGAUUCCAGCUAGAAUACCUGCUGUCGGCAUGUGGGGCCACCAUGGAGUUCCUCCCUGACACCAUCCACUACAGAAACUUCCUCCACUACAGACCUUCUGCUGUGAGGGGCGUGAUCCGAGCCAGCGCCUUCUCCCUCCCCAUAGACUGCUUCUACCCAAGGACCAGUAAUGUCUCUUCCUUGGGCCUCCAGCCCACCUGGGUCCCCUUCAGCUCCACCCUAAUGCACAGACGGCACCUGGACUUUGCCCUCGAUGUAUAUGACAGUACCUGGUUAUCCCCCCUGUCUGAUCCCACUUACUACCUUGGUGACCUGAUAAACAUCCAGGCAUCUGUGAGAACUGGCAGCCAUGUGCCUCUGAGGAUCUACGUGGAUGAGUGUGUGGCACGGCCAAGUGCAGCAUCUUCCAUGAAAUAUGAGGUCAUCACAGACCACGGAUCUACCUCCUGUGCCAUCUGAAGGCAGUGGCUGCCAGCCCUGCUGACCAGCACAACAAGGCCUGCUCCUAUGACCCAGCCACCACAGCCUGGCACUCCCAUGAAGGAGGCAACUGCUCCUGCUGUGCUUCCCCUGCUGGCUGUGGGAGCAGGAGGCGGC